AUGGACGAUCAGAACCCCGAAGCUUCGGCUUCUGCAACAACGCCCUCCACAUCUGCAGCAGCAUCCACUACCACACGUGCAGCUCCUAACAAACGGUCUUGGAGCGGUUGUGCAAGAUGCAAGAAACGAAGACAGAAAUGCGAUGAAAACAGACCUGGCUGUGGCAGGUGUAAAGCAGCUGAUGCAGAAUGCGUAUAUGAAGUUAAGCUACGAUGGGGUGGCAGAGCAUUUAACCAAUCUAGAUUUGGAGCAUGCAUUUCUGAUGCUAAGGUGUCCAAGGAUAAGGUCAAGAAACUCGGAAGUGUGGAUAAAGGAUUUAUCUAUACGGUGAAUAGUUUCCAGGUGCAGCCUCAGCCUCCGAGUAUUACUGCAACACCUCCUCCUGCUAUAGAAGAGCCGUUACCAGUUGAGCAACCAUCGGAGGAUCUUAUACUGCAAGACUUGCCUAUCGAGAUAGAAGAUCCUCUGGCUCUAGUCCCGACAUCAUCUGCAGAUGGGUUGUUCCUGGAAGAUUACGAGAUCGACUUCUUCCCGUUAUUUACGCCAGUAGAUCCAUUCGUCAAUCUCGGAACCUUGGACCGAUCACUACUCGAUCACUUUAUCAAUGGUACUUCACAUGUCAUAUCCUGCCACUCCAAAGUCCAGGAAGAUGUAUGUCGAGUCAUCGUCCCUGCUGCACUACAAAGUCCAACUCUUUUCUACGCCACUGCUGCUCUCUCCGCCAUACACCACAAGUCACGGCUCGGCUUUGGCAGCGACACCCUAAGACAAGAUCCUCUAAUCUCUCGACUGCUGAGCAACAGUUUAUUCGGUCUCCAGAGCGAUCUACUAGAAAAGAAUGUCGACAAGAGCAGCGUACUGCUAGCAACCAUCAGAACACUCUUUCUGUGCGAAGUCCACGCCGGAGGCGAUCGACCCGGGACCUGGCGAGCCCACUUCGAAGGCGCAAAGGCACUGAUGCUCGAUAUAGAGUCGUGGGCAGGCUACUCUGCGAAGCAAAGAGACAGUACUCGAUACUUCCUCAAGCGCUGGUAUAACAUGACAGAGAGCUUCGUAGCACUCACAACCGAUGGCCUUGCCUCUGGCCACCUCGCAAGAUUCGGUCCUCGCACUUUAGAUGGCGAUGAAGAAGAAAAAGUCUACUUGGACGAAUACGCAGGUUUCUCCACCGACCUCACACCAAUAUUCCGCGAGAUUGGUGCUGCGGCAUGGGAACGUCGCAACGAUGUUCAACCCACCAUCCUCGAAGAAGGCGAUUUAGACGAGGAAGCAGCAUCAUUAGCAACCUGUAUCUGGGCACGCCUCGAUGAGCAAAAAACACAACCUCCAAAGUUCAGACCCGGAGUUGAGGAACAAUUGACCGCGCGCCAAAAAGCAGAUUUCUUGUCUUGCAAUCAGAUAUGGCAUCAUAUGGCGCUCAUCUACAUUUACCGACGUAUCUCUUCUCACGCCGCUAAUUCGCCUCCAGUGCAGAGUUCUGUCAAGACGAUACUUGCAUGUAUCGAAAGUCUUACUGCUACAGCUGGGCUUACACCACUGGUGGUCAUGACAACACCGUUGUUUGCUGCUGGCUGUGAAGCCCAAGGCGAUGAUCGCGAUAGAGUGAGAGUGCUGCUGAGAAAUAUGUUUGAUCUCUUGCAUAUCCCUAAUAUCCACCGUUCCUUGGAAGUACUCGAGAGUUUCUGGGCCAGCACUGAGAGAGGAGAGACUCAGGACUGGGAUAGCUUCAUGCAUGCUCAGCAUUGGGACUUUUUGCCGUACUGA